CAUUGACUUGGCAAAGACCAGACUGCAGAAUCAGAGACCAGGACAGCAGGUCUACAAGAGCAUGAUGGACUGCCUUGUCAAGACAGUUCGAUCAGAGGGCUUUUUUGGCAUGUACAGAGACCUGGGUCCCCCUGGGAUAUUGAAGGCUAGCCGAUAAGGCGCAGCCACGCUGGAGGCAAAUCAUAUAAUGGUUCUUACAUUAUUGCUCUAUCUAAAAAUAUAGGCACAUGUUUUUGUUUUGCCAUCUGUUUGUUCUAUAUUUGGACUUCUCGUCAAUAACUACUUGGUUUUCCUCUUCACUGUCAACUUGUUGUAGAUCCUCAUUUUGUCUAUGAAGUGUGUCCUUGCAGACUUUGGUUGACUUUGAGAACUCCUCUGUGGUAGACUAAAGUUAUAGAUGGUCCACAGUCUCACAGAUCAGCUUUUCAUGUUUGCCCAAAGUCUGCACACACAGUGCAUUGCCAUAUGAGGAUUUAGUCUGUCAACAUCUCUUCUUGUCUCUUGUCUGUUGUCGUCAUUAACCUACUUACUCGCUUGUUGUCUUUCAAUAGAAACACACAUUAUCAUUUUUAAAGUUUUCUCUUUGUAAGAGGACCAUCUUUAUCAUAAACUGACUUGUGUACUUCAUAGUGUUUGCAUCUUCCUCUGGAUAUUCAUCACCCGCUUCAUUUCUUCUCUCGUCCUGUGUUUUGCUUGUUUCUCCUUUUCCUUUUGAAACUCAUGUAUUGUAAUGUUAUUUCUUUUGACAUAACCCCUCGUGAUUUAUAGCUGAAGCUACUUUAAAUUGAACAUUUUUCCUAUCUGUGUAGAUUUUCUGUACUAAUUCAAUUCCUAUGGUGUUAAAGAUAGUGGAAGGGAAAUGUUUUUGAAACUGAGUGAAUUGUUGAUUGUGACUUCAAUGCUGACAGUGUGUGUUUUUAUUUCAGGUGCCGCUGUAAACUUGACCCUGGUCACCCCUGAGAAGGCCAUCAAGCUGGCUGCUAAUGACUUUUUCAGGCAACACCUCUCCAAAAAUGGAAAGGGGCUGACGGUGUUCAAAGAGAUGCUGGCUGGGUGUGGAGCAGGCAUGUGUCAGGUUGUUGUCACCACCCCCAUGGAGAUGCUCAAGAUACAGCUACAGGACGCAGGCAGACUUGCGGCCCAGCAGCAGAAGCCCGUCAUGAUGUCCACCACCAAGCUGGUGGCCACCAACACGGUGCUCAGCCGCUCCUUCAACUCGUGCACCGUGUCCUCAGCACCGCGAGCCGUUUCUGCCACUCAGAUCGCUAAGGAGCUGUUCCACACACACGGCAUCCAGGGGCUCUACAAAGGCCUGGGGGCCACCCUGAUCAGGGAUGUUCCCUUUUCUAUUGUUUACUUCCCGUUGUUUGCCAACCUGAACCACCUGGGCAAACCGAGUCCUGAUGCUGCGGCUCCGUUCUACUGGGCCUUCAUGUCCGGGUGUGUGGCAGGAUCCACCGCCGCUGUGGCUGUUAACCCGUGUGACGUGGUGAAGACUAGACUGCAGUCGCUGAACAAAGGGUCCGCUGAGGAGGCCUAUAGUGGAGUGGUUGAUUGUGUGAGUAAAAUAAUGCAGAAGGAGGGACCCUCAGCCUUCCUGAAAGGUGCUGGCUGUCGAGCUCUGGUGAUCGCGCCUCUCUUCGGCAUCGCACAGGUUAUGUACUUUGCUGGAGUUGGAGAAUACAUCCUGGACAACACUCCUCUAAACCUCCUGUCGGCAUGAGAGCAUAUCAACUUGACUGAGGACCUUCUGAGCGUAGAUGGUGGAACAACUGGCAGCUACAUACCAUCAGUUUACAGCAGAGUCUUGUCUGGAGACAGGAAGACUUAUGAAGACCUAUGAUUCAUCUUCUGCUGUGUUGCACUUAAACACUUUUGUGACUUUUUCAGGAGGCUAUAGCCAAUGUUUGCACUUGAAGCUGUUGGCCUUACCGGGCUGGGGGAUGCAGAGUUGCAGUGUUAUUCUUUCUCUGUCCCAGAGACAGUCCUGUUUCCCUCUGUGAGGGAGGAGAGCUAUUUCCUUCAAAUACACAUCCUAUUUUUGUGUUUUCUUCCAUGCUAUCGCUUUGCUUUUUUUUUGUGUACUUUAUGUGUAUGCUAGUUUUUAUUUUUGAAUUGCUGAAUGCAGCAGCUUGCAGUACUUUAUGUUUUUUCCUUUUCCACUGCUGUCUCAUGUUACAAAGUCUUUAAGUUGGGGACUCGUUGAGCCCAUUUGAAUGCAAAGGGAUAUUUUAAUUAUUUUGUUACACACAUUUCCAGCAAGAACUGUUAUUGUACAUGUUUAAAUCUCACUGAUCAUGAACCUUCCUACUGACAUGGGACCAUAUGGCUUUCCAAUCCAUAACAUGUCCUGUUAAAUACUUGAUGUUACCCUGAAGUUGUUUUAGUAGUAUUACCUGCAAUAACUUGAGAUGCAUUCAUGCAUAUUAUAUAUGUAUCUGUCCACAUAACUUCAGUUAAGACAUUUUCAUAUGGAUACCUGAAACUUCAAAUGUUUUUUUUGGUUUAUGCCUUAAACAAAGCAGAAAGACCUUUCUGUCUGAAUAGAAAACAUGCCAAAUAAAAACAAUAUUACUGUGACUGAGCAUGUGAAAUGUGACUCUUACCAUGUUUUGUGUUUGUGUUUUUUGUACAUACCAUAUAUAUAUUAACAUAAAAAAUGUAAAUACACUCA